GCCCUGCGAGUGAUGCGCCACUUCCCGCCCGAGACCCGCGUCAUGACUGCCUGCCGCUUCAGCAAGGCGCUCUACGCCCAGCUCGCCUCGCAGCGCUACAGCCCGGACGUCCGCACGGGCUGGGAGCUCCCGCCGCCCGCGCAGCCCGAGUUCAAGAAGCACGACAUCGGCAUGAAGCUGGCUUGUGGCUUCGAGCUGCUGGUGUGCAGCGCGGGGGGCGUGACCCCCGUGUCCACGCCGUCUGAUCCGUCCGGCAGCGACGCCAGCGCGCAGCUCGACCUCACCAACAACCCUCGCUGGCUCAAGUACAAGCAGUCGCUUGCAGAUAAAGGAUAUUUCAGAAGUGAACUGGAAGGCUCAAAAUUGUACAAAGAACUAGAAGAUCGCGCUCGCCAGUUCUUCGUGACCAACAUGAUGUCCAGUAAAGGCUCGGAGGAGAGCGAAGACAUGCUGUCUGCCGGCGCCAUCAUCAUCAAGCUCCUUGGCAAGGUCAACGUGGACUACGAGUUCUACAAGGAGAGAGCGACCAGACUCGUUCCUGCUGAUGAUGACAGCUGGCUGCAGAUAACGCCAGACGCUCUGGAUGACAUGCUGGAGAACAAAUUCGGAAGCGCCAACGGCAAUGAGCAGCCAAGACCAGCUGAUGACACCGAGGUGAUGAACUCUCUCUCGGCCUUCCUGGGACACAUGUCUGACUUGGAUGGUGCAGAGGUUCCUCAGGACCUGCAGGAGCGCAUUAGGAAACUGUCUACGCUGUCCACCUCCCGCAAGGCCUCCAAGGCCAGGAAGCCUUCGAGCCUCAUGGUGCACCCGCAGGUCCGCAAAAUCUCGGCCCAGUCCAACGCCUCCGACUCCUCCAACAGCUCUGAAAUGUCCUCCCUCUCUAACAAGGUCGAUUUUAAUGCCGAAUCUUUCACCGAAGCCAUUACUAAUAUUCUUGAAUUCGGAGUACCUGAGGAUGACUACUGGAACCAGUCGGAGGACGAGUCGUCCGGGAUGAGCAGCUACGGGGAGGAAGACGCUGGCGACGGCAGCCUGAGUCGCAAGUCCUCCAACACCUCUCAGAAGUCCGCCGCCUCCACAGUGUCGGCCACGUCCUCAGGCGUCGACCUCCAGAUGAAGGAGUACCUGCGAGAGAUGGAACGAGAACUCGCGGCCACCACCCUCAGAGACAGCCUGGCCUCGCAGCACAAUGGCAACGACGACGAAGCGGACGAUGAAUUUGACGACGUGGAAGAUUUCGAGCCCGUCAAGGUGGACAUGCAAGCGGUCCAAGACCUCGUGAAGACGUACACUGCUCAGAAUGGCCUGCCUGGACCCGCAUCCUCACUCCUCGGUUCCAUGGGCAUUAAACCGGAGAAGAAGUAAAGUUCCCUUGUAUUUUGCAUGGGUACCUGUUGCAGCUGCUUUAUCAGUAUAAUAUCGCGAUAUAAAAGCAGAGGAUAUUCUCAAACGAUAUUAAUGUAUAUCUAUAUCCAUGAAUGAUAAGUGAAUAAGGGCUAUUGCCGAUAUAUAAAUGUAUAUUUAAAUGAGCCUGAUGACAAGCAUGUAUAAAUAUAAUCUGACAGUACUUAAACUUAAAUGAGGCUAUGAGGAUAUGAGGUGCCAUUUUCCCAUUUCCUCCCUUCCCUCUUUCCCUCUCCUAUUCUCCUAUACCCCCACCCCACCCUAGAAACUUUGGAAAGUCAGGAGGAAUGUUAGUAACAUUACCUAAUGUUCUGCUCAACUGUGAUGUGUAUUUUAAGUUAUGAUUGGAUACACCCUUUGUUCAGCUGUGAAACAAAUAUCCCUUUAUUUUUAGAUUUAGUUAUAUAUUUACAGUCGAUAUUACUAUUUUUACUUACACGAGAUCACAAGGAUGCACCAACACGUACUGAAUAUAAUGUGGAUUUUCAUAUUUAAAGAACAUGAUAAUUUUGUAUUAUGAUUCAUCAUGAGGUGACAUGAUGGACUGUGAUUGAAGUGGGUAUUAAUAUUCUAAUGGUUAAGCAACCAUGGGAAUAGGAACGCAUUAGUCUAAUUUAUGGCAUUAUUAAUGAUAAGUCGCGUUGGUGGUAGAGAUUCUGUCUCGUUAAAACUGAUCAAUAAGGUUGAUUUGUAAUUACCCUCUCAGUCUCCCGUAUUUUCUUUCCUUUAUUCUUAUGCCAGUGGCAUUUGUCCGUUUAUAUAUUUUCUCUUUACAUUGACUUAUUAUAUACAGAGCAUAUUUGUCAUGCUGUUAUACAAUUCAUUGAAUUGUAUAAUUUAUUUAAUUGGCAUAUAUAUUUUAGAACUAUACUUUUAGAACUCACGUAAACGUUAUUAUCCAAAGAGAAAGCACAGUCUUUACCACCUUACCUCCCUUUCGUUUAUAAGACGAGGGCUUGUUAGCUUUAUCCUUUACACUUCUUUUCACGAUAAGUUUCCCUAUAUCGAAAUAUCCACAUGAGCGGCAAUAAGGUGCAGAUAUAUAUACAUAUAUAUUACACAGAUAGACUUUAAAGGGCCAUAAACAAUGCGAUAUUUAUUUUGGAUGGUUCUCUGUUUUUAGAGACAUUAGAUUUUGUAAUGAAUCUUUAACUUGUAAAACGUCGUGGUCAUGAGUUUUGCUGAGAAUUCUAUCCUGUUCCACGAAGCACAAAUUCCAAAGUAAUGUAUUUAAUACAAUAAUGGUUUAUUGAUGUACCAAUCGGACAGUGUUUCUUAUGCAAUAUUUAUUAAUCAAAAACUUGAUUGUGUAUUACAGCUGUACUCCAUUAUCAUGUAUUUCAUACAUUUCCUUUAGUAAUUGUAAAUAAAUGAAAGUUUUUAGUCGAAACUGUGUUUAUAGUAAGUUUUGAUAUGAUAUCUGUAUUCACUUCCUGUUGUUCAGUUCUCAUCAGAAAAGAAAUAUAUACAUGGAAUAUCAAAGAGAAAUACACACCAGGCAAACCAGCUGUGUAAAAGAGUAGAUCUAAAUUGCUGUAUUUUUUAUUCAAAGAUUGGCGGAACACUGCAGAAGCAAAAUAUACUUCCUUUUCAAUUUCUGCAGUUCUGUUGUGGCCAGUUAAAGUUUAUUUGUAUCUUGGAGAAAGUACGAAAGGUAAACCAGAAAGUAUACUUUAUAGUCUUAAUUAAUCAAUGAUAUUCAAAGAUAGGUUUUUACGAUGUUGUGUGUAUAUAUACGACUUACACAGGUAGCUGAGAUAUGCGAAUGGUAUUCAUAUUUACAGAAUAUUCUGAGGUUUGAUCACACAAAUAGAACUUAUUAACAUAACUUAUGGUAUGUUAUGGUGUAGUAUGUUAAUUGUUUCUCAGAAUGCUGGAAUUCUGUGUCUAAGUAUCUGAACAUUUUUGUAUCUUUGGCAAUAAAUGUAUCUGCAUGUA